GUUCAGAAACCGUUUCUAAGUCUGAGGUCUGUGGAAACGUGAUUUAACGUGACAAUUUCCCAAUUUUAUACCCUAAUUUAAAAAAAAAAGAAAUUUGAAUAGAAAGGGAAACCAAUAGUGGCAUGUUCAGAAAAAAUAUCUUGAGUUUGAAGGAAUUUGUAAUGGGAUUAAGCUCAUCACGUGUACCAGCAACUUUAAAUCACCCACAAGCAAAGUAUGUACAGCAAGCUGUCGCACAGAAUUGUGUGGUCAUCUUCUCCAAAACGACAUGUCCUUUUUGUGUGCAGACAAAGGAAAUUUUCAGGAAUCUUGGAGUUCCAUAUGAAGCAGUUGAGCUGAAUAAUCAUCCAAACGGCCAGGACAUACAAAACUACCUAGGGGAGGUCACAAAGGCCAAAACUGUCCCUCGUGUGUUUAUAAACGGAGCCUGUAUUGGUGGAGCAUCAGAUACCAAAACUUUACACAAGUCAGGUCGCCUUCUAGAGCUUGUUAGCAAGUGUCAUAACCCACAGAUAGAGCAGGUCAGGUCAUGACCAUCAUCUUGUACAGGUCAAGGUCAGAUCAAGGACAGAAUUUGAGUGAAAAAGAUGACGAAGGUUCCCUUGAGUAACAUACGUGGAAUACUAGGAUAUUGUAAUUGUUAAAUGUAAAGACAUAUGUUACCUGCUCUUUGAUAAUUUUCACAUGUACUUGAAUAUGAUUGUUAUUUUUAUCUUGUGAUUGUAGUUUGUGCGAAUAACUUUAAUUAUUUGUAAUAAUAAAUAAGAUUUGAUUUUAAAAUGUC